AUGAAGUAUCUUAAGGAGCAGUACAAUGCAAUGAAAAUCGGUGUCAUUGGAUUUUCUUGGGGUGGAAUGGCUGUACAUCACUUGAUGUUGACAAAUCCUGAUUUUCAAGCUGGGGUAUCCCUCUAUGGUAAUGACAAAUGUUUGUAAACUUGAGCAGGCUCCUAUGUUUUUGUGCACUGAAACAUUUAUAGUCUAAGUCUGUGUAAGGAUGAGCUGCGGCAUUCAUUAUGGCUAUUUAUUUCAGCAACAUAUGCUUCGUUCUCUCACUGUUCAAACAAGGGGGAUAAGGAUGCAAUCCUAUGUGCCUGCCUAACUUCUUGUGGGAGGGAGUUCCAUAGGGUUCGGCCCACAACACCUCUUUUUUUCUUCCACGAGUCUGGGGGGAAGUUCUGUUGAGUUGAGUUCCACUUUCACAGAAGUUCAGUUUAGCAUCACAUAUGAGCCAGGGUUGCUGAUUUGCAACAAACAGUGAUUAGUCGCUAAACACACUAACUCAAUAAACUUUUUCUUUCAAGUGUGCCUCUUAUCUGGGACCUCAGCCAUCAAACAGUAAAAAUUAUCCUACAAGGAAAAUAUAGGAUUUUACUGGCAUUUGAUUACUAUAAUGGCACAAAUCAUUACCUAUAACACUGCUAAUUAAGCUGAUGGGGCAUUAUUGUUUUUUAACUGCUGCCCUUGAGAACAUGAGAAAGAAUGGAUGAGAGAUACAUACCACUGAAGUAAAUAGAAGCCUUUGUUCUCUAUUGACCUUGAAGAACAUACUACUUGAUUUAACCUCUUUCUUUAAAUAUGCUUUAGGAAUCAUCAGAGACUCUGAAAGUAGGUAUAAUUUGCUGAAUCCUACCUUUUUCAUGUUUGGUGGAAAAGAUCACACCAUUUCUUCUGAUCAGGUAAGCUAUUGCACAGUGAAGUCUCUGGCAGAGGGGCCAAGGCAUGGUGACAUUGCCAUAAACACAAUCACUUGGGAUUUAAAGAGGCUUUGGCUUUAUUAAUCACAGGUGUCAGCAGGUUUUGGCACAGACAUCAGGUGUAUAUCUUGAAGUAACCAACCCUUUCUACUGGUAGAUUAUUUGGUAAGGUUAAGGUAAAAGGUAAAGGUACGCCUGACCGUUUGGUCCAGUCGCAGACGACUCUGGGGUUGCAGCCCUCAUCUUGCUCUGUAGGCCAAGAAGCUGGCCACAGACAGCUUCCGGGUCAUGUGGCCAGCAUGACUAAGCUGCAUCUGGCGAACCAGAGCAAUGCAUGGAAAUGCCGUUUACCUUCCCGCUGGAGCGGUACCUAUUUAUCUAUUUGCACUUUGAUGUGCUUUUGAACUGCUAGAUUGGCAGGAGCUGGGACCGAGCAACGGAAGCUCACCCCGUUGUGGGGAUUUGAACCACCGACUUUCUGAUCGGCAAGCCCUAGGCUCUGUGGUUUAGACUACAGCGCCACCCGCGUCCCCCACAGCGCCACCCGCUUUAAGGACUGUACAUUAAAUUGGAGUGACGCCUCCCAAAUCACCAUUUUGGGAGUGCUAUGGCCCAUAAGCCCCUGUCUGGGCAUCUGCACAAAAGCACCUCCGCCUAGAUUCCUUUAAUGGGAUACCUUGAUUCCUUGGAGUGGUGGGGUGACUCUGGACACCCUCACCCACCUAGACUAAGGAUUCAACUCAGUGUCUUAUCCACCAUCAAGAUGUGGCAAUUGCUAGGAGGAAGGCAAAAAAACCAAACACACUCAUAUAGGUCCAAUUUGUCUGAAGGCAAAUUCCUCCCUGGCCCUGAGUAUGGCGACUGAAGACUUCCAUAGCAAGGUCUGAUGCAUGCCUACCCUCAGAAUGUGUGGUGUAUCCAACAUCAGCUGAGACUUAGGCUUGGGUAACUACAACUAAUCCAGAAUGCAGCAGCUAGACUGGUGACUGGGGACGACCGCCAAGACCACAUAACACCGGACUUGAAAGACCUACAUUGGCACCUAGUACGCUUCCGAGCACAAUUCAAAGUGUUGGUGUUGACCUUUAAAGCCCUAAACGGCCUCGGUCCUGUAUACCUGAAGGAGCGUCUCCACCCCCAUCAUUCUGCCUGGACGCUGAGGUCCAGCGCCGAGAACCUUCUGGCGGUUCUCUCACUGCGAGAAACUAAGCUGCAGGGAACCAGGCAGAGGGCCUUCUCGGUAGUGGCGCCCACCCCGUGGAACGCCCUCCCACCAGAUGUCAAAGAGAUAAGCAACUGUCUGACAUUUAGAAGACAUCUGAAGGCAGCCCUGUUCAGGGAAGUUUUUAAUGUGUGACAUUUUAAUGUAUUUUUAAGCUUUGUUGGAAGCCACCCAGAGUGGCUGGGGAAACCCAGCCAGAUGGGCAGGGUACAAAUAACAAAUUAUUAUUAUUGUUAUUAUUAUUAUUAUUAUUAUUAUUAUUAUUAUUAUUAUUUACAGCUGGCUUUUAUAGCUCCCCUGCAAUUGGUUGCAACCACCCAGCCGUGAGCGCAGCCAGUGGAGGAGGAAGUGGCUGUGCCAAAGCUGGAAGACCGCCCAAUACCACCACAGCCAUGCUGGACCACAACCACUGCUUCUUUCCAGCUGGCAGUUUAGCGUCCAUUGUCUUCCAAUUCAAACUUCCUUGAUGCUUGAAAUUGCCUCUUGAGUACAAGCUGCAAGUCUUCUGUAAUGAGGGACAGGCAGCCUCUAUGUGCUUAGCCCUACUUUUCUGAUUUAAUAUUAUUUUGCAUCUGUUUCUGUCAAGAAGAGGCAUUGCCACAAAUGGAAAAGGAACCAUACUGGUGUGUUAAAGGAGCAGGGCAGAGAAUCAAAAACUAACCAUACUUGAUACAGGUGGAAAAGAAUAAGAGAGGGAGGCAGGCUGGCAGGAAGGCAAAGACAACGUUAGGUCUGCUCCAGUGAGACUGUCUCCAUCUUCCACCUCUUCCACCCCAUCCCUGGGCAAAUUUCGCAUUUUAUAUUGUUUAUUUGUUUUAGUAUAUUAAAGUUGUAAACUGCCUUGGGUGCCUUGGCAUUAAAAUGGUGGAUUUUAUUUAUAUAUUUUUUUAAAAAAUAAUUGCACUCUGGCAUGGUAGAAUUUAUUAUUGCUUAAUUGUAGUUAUGGCAACACUAGAUUUAAAUAAAAAUCUUGAAGGAAUUCAGAUUAAAAGGGAGCAAAUUUGGAAGUUUUGAUUCUUAACUUUUGUAGAUAUCUAAUGAAAUUGAUUGUGUGUUACAGGUCACUUUGCUGGAGGAAAAACUGGCAGAAUACUGUAAAGUGCCCUUUAAAGUCAAAGUCUAUCCUGGACAAGAACAUGGCUUUGCUCAGUUAAAGCCUGACGACAUGAAGCUUGAAGACCAGCCUUACAUAGAGGAGGCAAGAAUGGAUAUGAUUGACUGGCUGAACAGAUACAUUAUGUUUUGAAAUUUGAAUAUGUGGCUUUAUUUCCUCGCCCCCCACAAAAAUGCAAUUUCUUUCCCCCCUCUAAAAUAUUUAUAGAUUGUGGUCCUAUCUAUCGGAGAAAAGAGAAGAUAUACUUUAGAGAACUUUCAAUAAUAAAUUAUGAAAUAUUUAUAAUUAAAGGGCCUUGAAAUCAUUGUCUGACGCACAAAGAUACGAGCAUUCGGUAUUGGAAAUGUGCAUGCCUUAUAAUGAACUUUAUAUUCUAAGGCUGCCUUAAAACUUAUUCUUCUUUUUCCCCAUUUUAUGUGCUCCAUUUCCUUCCCACCCCCCGAAAAUAAAAAUGUUCAGGAUCUGAAAAUGCAUUAUAUACUAGCUAUAUUUUGGGCCUUAGGCUAUGUACACACUAGCAGCUUAAAAUGGAAUAAGGUUGUUUCCCAUACACUCACACCGAGUUUCAAAUCACAUUUCUACAUUGCUGUAUAAACCAGGGAGGGCGUGGAGACAAUAUCUGAGGCAACCAAGACAGUGCACAGUAUUCCAAAUGCAAGUUUCGCCACAGAUUUGUAUAAUGGCGUUAUAUGAUACCGGCAGUUUUGUUUUCUGUUCCUUUCCUAACGACCCCUGGCGUGGAAUCUGUUUUUCUUCAGAGCCGCCGCUGGGUUGACAUCUUCUAUCUACUUACAACCCCAAGGUCUCAUUCCUGAUCAGUCACUGUCAGGUCAGACCCGAUAAGCAUAUAUGUGAAAUAAAUAAAGAGAGGUCUGAUAUGCUGUUUCACAUUCACACCUCAUUCCCACGCCGCCAUUGCCGGUCAUCUGACAGGUCGGCAGACUGAACUGCUUAACUGCUUUGUACUGAGUUGAAAAAGAUCCAAAAUGCAGCAGUCUGAUUGGUCCUAGAACAAUAGGAUCCAAAAUGCAGCAGUCUGAUUGGUCCUAGAACAAUAGGAUUCAGAAUGCAGCAGUCUGAUUGGUCCUAGAACAAUGCAGCAGUAUGAUUGGUCUGCAGGAGCCCCCCAAUCCAGCUCCAGAUGGAAGUGAAUCCACAACCUGAUUGGCCUACAGGAGAAUUCCGGAAUUAGCCAAUCAUGUGCAGCCCAUUGUGUAAAUAAUGUAUAUAAAGCAGAUACUUUGGGGAAACUUUUAUUCUUCCUCCCACUAUGAGCUGAAUAAAGAGCAUGAAAUCCACUCUCGACUCCGAGUAUAUUUCAUGCUUCCUGCAGGGAUUGGCUUGAUUACCUCAUGGGGCACUAGGGGAUGUGGCUGAUCCAGUGCUUAAGGGCUCUCCUGCCCAACAGCCAAUGCCAGGGGAGGAAAUCUGUUUCCUGCUUUCUGCAAGGAUCCGCUGCUCACAUGAGCAUGCAGCCAAUCCAGUGGGCAAACCCUCUCCCACCCAAUAUCAGAUAGAAGAGAGGAGGGUCCCAGUGGAUCCACAAAGGUUCCUCUCCCCACUCCCACAUGAACACCCCGUGAGGAGCAGCCCAACCAGCAGACAAAGCUUCACCCACCCAACAGCUGAUAGGAGACUCACAGCAGAUGAACAUAGCUGUCAACCGUCCCUUAUUUGGUGGGAAACUCCCUUAUCUCAGCGCCGCGUCCUGCUGCUGUCCCUUAUUGAUGAUGUCCCUUAAAUUUCCCGGGUUUCAAAGGAAGCAGCUUCUCUCCCUCCCUCCCUGCCGGCCAGGGAGGAGGGAGGCUCCAACUGUGUUGCUUGGCUGCGUUGCUCACCCAAUAAGGAGUCUAAGAACGACUGGGGGGUGCAGCUUGCAUGCCUUGUGCCAAUCAAAUUGGCUGCAUUGUCUGGGGACUCGCCUUUGCUCAGCGCUUCCCAGCGGAGUGGUGAUGGUGGUUUUCCUUGCUGCAUCCCCUUUGCUGGGUUGCUGUGCUGUGGGAACCACCGCUUGAGGCUUCGUUUGGCUGCUGGCUGACUAAAAUCCCUUAUUUUGGCUGCUGAUCCCUUAUUUUCGAGGCUGCUGGUCCCUUAUUUUCAAAUCUGUAAGUUGACAGCUAUGCAGAUGAAGCAUGAUCUCCAUUCUCUUAUGAACACCAGAAUUGAUUCCAGAACAGGAUACUGAACAACAGAGCUACAAAGCAUCCAUCCCUGGGAUUAUGUGAUUAUGAAAGGGUCUUGAAUUGGAGUGAUUAUGAAAGGUUUUAAACUUUUCAGAUUUUACCUGCACAUUUACUUUGGAAAGUGAGUGUGUUAGCAGUGAAGGAGGGUGACUUUGUAUGGACCACGCUGAUUAGAUUGAGACAGAGGCAACUUCAAUUACACGUUGCACCUUGGCGUGGACAAGCCUAGACUUGGGUGGAAAGAUUGCGCAGAGCAACUCAGAAUUAUUUUUUAAAAAAUUCAAGAUGAACCUUGAGACCUCUGCAUACACCUAAUAAAUAGCAUCUUUGCAUUUCGCAGAAUUAAAACCCAUAUCCUCCCUUCUCAGGUGUAUGGAAUACUAAAAUAAAUACAAUAUAUAUCAUAUAACUUACAUACAACUCCCAAAAUAACUGUCAUAACAUUUUAUUCAACGUAUGAACCACCAAACCUGAAAACACCUGCUGUAUCUGCAACAAGUCUGCACCAGCCAGGGUGCCACCAGGUGUAGUAGUAGUAGUAGUAGUAGUAGUAGUAGUAAUAAUAAUUUAUUUAUACCCCGCCCAUCUGGCUGGGUUUCCCUAGCCACUCUGGGCGGCUUCCAACAAAACACUAAAAUACAAUAACCUAUACAAUAACCUUGUAUGUAUUACACCAAUUCUUAAAGGUCUGCAGUGGUUGGCUUUGUGCUUCCAAGCCCAAUUCAAGUGCUUACAGGGACAUAUAAAGCCCCAAACAACUUAGACCCCAAAUACCUCAAAGAAUGCUUCCUCCUACAUUGCAACAUGGUGAUUCUACCACCUUGUGUAAGGCAGGACCUUCUUAGUGGUGGCCCUCAAUGUUGUGGAAUGUGCUCUCUAAGUUGUGUUUUGUCCUGUCACUAAACAGUGAGAAUGAGUUGAGAGCAUCACUCCCUCUGAAAUGUGGCUGCUUGUUUGGUUUGUUGCAUGAUAUGGUGUAACCAGGGCUUAUUUUCAUCUGGAACUCACCGGAACUCAGUUCUGGCAUCUAUCAGGUAGGCGCCAUUUCCAUUCUAAGGGAACGAGGGAGGUGUUUUGGCACCUCUUUUUCUAUAAAAAAACAGUACUGGGUGUAACUGAUCAUUUAGAGUUGUUGUGCACUAUGUGGCUUACUUGCAUUUUAGCCAGGCAUAGGCAAACUCGGCCCUCCAGAUGUUUUGGGACUACAACUCCCAUCAUCCCUAGCUAACAGGAAAAGUGGUCAGGGAUGAUGGCAAUUGUAGUCUCAAAACAUCUGGAGGGCCAAGUUUGCCUAUGCCUGAUAUUAGCUGUAUGUAACCCAACUUGGGAACUUGGGUGGCGCUGUGGGUUAAACCACAGAGUCUAGGGCUUGCCGAUCAGAAGGUUGGCGUUUCGAAUCCCCGCGACAGGGUGAGCUCUUGUUGCUCGGUCCCAGCUCGCUGCUGCAGGUUGCGUUCUUUUCAUGUUGCGAACGGGCCUCCGGAACAGAUCCCGUUCGCAACCAGAAGUACCACUCUGUCUGUGUGUUGUGUGUGUGUGUGUGUGUGUGUGUGUGUGUGUGUGUGUAUUAAAGAAGUCAGGGAGGCUAAAGCGCAGAAUCGAAUUACGGUAUUUAUCUUUGCAGUUUGUUCACGGCAACAAUGGAACAGCAGUUAAUGAAUAACCCAAGAUAUUGCUGAUGCUGGUCCCAUGAUGUCCUUGUGAUAAUUUUAAUCUCUUCGCAGACAUGGUCUUUUCUCACACAGUUAACAGUCACCAAACAACAUUUCUUGGGGUUUCUCCAUAGUGUUCAGAAUUCUUUAUGUCUUUGCACAGGGGUCAGCAAACUUUUUCAGCAGUGGGCCAGUCCACUGUCCCUCAGACCUUGUGGGAGGCCGGACUAUAUUUUGAAGGAAAAAAACGAACGCAUUCCUAUGCCCCACAAAUAACCCAGAAAUGCAUUUUAAAUAAAAUCACACAUUCUACUCAUGUAAAAACACCAGGCAGGCUCCCAAAAUAACCCAGAGAUGCAUUUUAAAUAAAAGGGCACAUUCUACUCAUAUAAAAACAUGCUGAUUCCUGGGCCGUCUGCAGGCUGGAUUUAGAAGGUGAUUGGGCUGGAUUUGGCCCCCGGGCCUUAGUUUGCCUACCCAUGUGUUUGCACAUUGAUUUUGGGAAGUAUACUGGAGCCCUUCCACCAACCUUAAAAUGGGUAGUGCCUACAUGCAAUGAGGAAAAUGGGACCCCUAGCUGGUAAAGAUGGUGCGUCAGAUGCUGUUGCAAAAGCCCCCAGCUACUCUUAUUAUUACAGAAUGCUUCAUCGUGUGGCCACAAGUUAAGUCUGGAGCCAGGGCAGGGGGUACAGUCCAGAUCUAGCUCCAGAGGGUGGCAAGUCUGGGCAUUUACUCCACCUCUACAGUGAUAUAAUUUUCGCUUUGCAGAAGAGUUCCCCAAAAAUGUCAGGAUCUAUGCGAUAUAAUAAGGGACGUGGGUGGCGCUGUGGGUUAAACCACAGAGCCUAGGGCUUUCCAAUCAGAAGGUCGGCGGUUCGAAUCCCUGUGACGGGAUGAGCUCUUGUUGCUCGGUCCCAGCUCCUGCCAACCUAGCAGUUCGAAAGCACGCCAAAGUGCAAGUAGAUAAAUAGGUACCGCUCCAGUGGGAAGGUAAACAGCGUUUCCGUGUGCUGCUCUGGUUUUGCCAGAAGCGACUUAGUCAUGCUGGCCACAUGACCCAGAAGCUGUACGCCGGCUCCCUCAGCCAAUAAAGCGAGAUGAGCGUCGCAACCCCAGAGUCGGCCAUGACUGGACCUAAUGAUCAGGGGUCCCUUUACCUUUACCUUUAACCCAACUUGAGACUGCAUGGUAAAGAGCAGGUUAUAACUACAAAGAGAGCUAUGAACUACCAAAUGUUGGGAGGGCACUAACUGUUGAUUACCAACAUUUGUACUAGUGUGUGAAUGAUGUGUAAUGAAUAUAUAUUUUAAGCAAUUGUUAAUUAAUGAUUUGUUUGAUUGGAUUUAUCUCAUUUCUAUGCCACUUUUCAUUCCAAUGAAUCUCAAAGCAAACAAUAAAAAACAAUAACAUAAUAAAACAUAAAGAACAUCACAAAUAUAGCAUGAAUCAUAUAAAGUAAUUAACAACUCAUCAAUGAAACAAUCACAAUUUAUAAAACCCUAUUUACAAAACUGCAACUUAAAAAAUAAGCUAGACAUCACAAUUGCAGCAAAGGUUAUACGGUUAACAAAUCAAUGUGGCAUUUAUAAUCUAUAAAACAAUAUUAACAUGAGCAGAAGAGCAACUAAAAAUAAGCUAAGCACUGUUAAGCUCAUACACAUGUUCACAACUAAUGUGAGGCAGAAUAAAGUAGAUUUUUUUUAUCAGCAAAAACAGCAGAGCUGUGGCAAGAUGUCGUUUCUUACGUUUCGUGUGCACAGUUGAAUGGGUUAGGAAUAAAUAAGGAAACAGAGAAGACUACUGUAUGCUAAAGAAGCACGAUUGGAAGAGCAGAGGAGGAGGAGUUCAAGCCUCCUCCCACUUCCUAGCUGGGUUAUUCUGGGUCACCUCUGGUGCUGUUUUGUAAUAAGCAAACUCUUUUUUCUUUUUCAUGAAGGCUGCAGCAGACCCACUCAAGGAAGCUGUGUGGGAGAAGCCGCAGCAACCGUUAGCAGACAAGCUGAUUUCUUUUCCCUUUCAAAAAUCUUUCACAGCUUUGGGAAAUAACCCUUUCUAACCUCCCAGAAGAAAAGAAAACGGAGAACUUUGGAAUUCCAGGUACGUAAGAGUCCCAGCGUGAUAUGCCAAAGUGUUUUCUGCAGGAAGUUGAGUGGGAGGGAGGCAGAGAUGCCUUCAUGAGUGUACUGUAUGGUGUCUUGAUAAAAAUAACUGACGGCAACAGCUUGCUCAUCGGUUCUCCUGCACUUUUAGUAAGGUUCGAUUUACCCACAUCUAUUUCAAAAUGUGUAGCGCUAUUGGCGGAGAGACGCAGCGCCAAUUCCAGGAUUUGGGCAACCCACGGACUUGGAAUUUUCAAUGAGCUUCCUUAACUUUAAAAAAAGGCAAGCAUGGAGGCCAUGCAUUAUCUCACAUAAAGAGGUAAAGGGACCCCUGACCAUUAGGUCCAGUCGUGGUCGACUCUGGGGUUGCGGUGCUCAUCUUGCUUUAUUGGUCGAGGGAGCCGGCUUACAGCUUCCGGGUCAUGUGGCCAGCAUGACUAAGCCGCUUCUGGCAAAACCAGAGCAGCACACGGAAACGCUGUUUACCUUCCCACUGGAGCGGUACCUAUUUAUCUACUUGCACUUUGGCGUGCUUUCGAACUGCUAGGUUGGCAGGAGCUGGGACCGAGCAACAAGAGCUCAUCCCGUCGCAGGGAUUCGAACCGCCGACCUUCUGAUUGGAAAGCCCUAGGCUCUGUGGUUUAACCCACAGCGCCACCCACGUCCCUUAUUAUCUCGCAUAGAUCCUGACAUUUUUGGGGAACUCUUCUGCAAAGCGAAAAUUAUAUCACUGUUGAAGUGGAGUAAAUGCCCAGACUUGCCACCCUCUGGAGCUAGAUCUGGACUGUACCCCCUGCCCUGGCUCCAGACUUAACUUGUGGCCACACGAUGAAGCAUUCUGUAAUAAUAAGAGUAGCUGGGGGCUUUUGCAACAGCAUCUGACGCACCAUCUUUACCAGCUAGGGGUCCCAUUUUCCUCAUUGCAUGUAGGCACUACCCAUUUUAAGGUUGGUGGAAGGGCUCCAGUAUACUUCCCAAAAUCAAUGUGCAAACACAUGGGUAGGCAAACUAAGGCCCGGGGGCCAAAUCCAGCCCAAUCACCUUCUAAAUCCAGCCUGCAGACGGCCCAGGAAUCAGCAUGUUUUUACAUGAGUAGAAUGUGUCCUUUUAUUUAAAAUGCAUCUCUGGGUUAUUUUGGGAGCCUGCCUGGUGUUUUUACAUGAGUAGAAUGUGUGAUUUUAUUUAAAAUGCAUUUCUGGGUUAUUUGUGGGGCAUAGGAAUGCGUUCGUUUUUUUCCUUCAAAAUAUAGUCCGGCCUCCCACAAGGUCUGAGGGACAGUGGACUGGCCCACUGCUGAAAAAGUUUGCUGACCCCUGUGCAAAGACAUAAAGAAUUCUGAACACUAUGGAGAAACCCCAAGAAAUGUUGUUUGGUGACUGUUAACUGUGUGAGAAAAGACCAUGUCUGCGAAGAGAUUAAAAUUAUCACAAGGACAUCAUGGGACCAACAUCAGCAAUAUCUUGGGUUAUUCAUUAACUGCUGUUCCAUUGUUGCCGUGAACAAACUGCAAAGAUAAAUACCGUAAUUCGAUUCUGCACUUUAGCCUCCCUGACUUCUUUAAUACACACACACACACACACACACACACACACAACACACAGACAGAGUGGUACUUCUGGUUGCGAACGGGAUCUGUUCCGGAGGCCCGUUCGCAACAUGAAAAGAACGCAACCUGCAGCAGUGCGUCUGCGCAUGUGCGGGUUGCGAUUCGCCACUUCUGUGCAUGUGCGUGGCUCAUUUUGCGCUUCUGCGCAUGUGUGAGUGGCGAAACCCAGAAGUAACCCUUUUUGGUACUUCUGGGUCGCCGCGGGAUGUAACCUGAAAGAAUGUAACAUGAAGCGGACAUAACAUGAGGUAUGACUAUCUUUACUUUCACGUAACAGUUACACAAUUACAGAAAAUCAAAAUGAAACAACUACCAUCAGAGAGUCAUUCCCAAGUACACCAACAGAGCUUUGCCAAAGUGUAUAUGCUAAAACCAUCACAAUCUUAACAUGAAAUGAUGCAUAGGAACAUCCGUUGUUCGCCACAAAGAAAAAGAUAGAUUGCAUCAGCAGCAAUUCUGGUAUGCAGGGUUUUGUACAAAGGCAUGAGGAAAGGAGAAAAAAAUAGUGAUUAAAAUAUGUGCUUCAUGAAUGCCAAACUGCGCUAAAGACCAUAGGCACUGUUCUACUAUAUGCCUCAUGGUUUGCAUAAUCAAUAAAGUCACCCCAGAUUGCAUAAUAGUUGUCGUGUUUCCCCUGGCCUCUUGCUACCUUUGGUAUGAUUUAGGCUGUAAGUACUUGCCAGUAACCCCCACUGAAUUCAGCAGUACAUUUCUGCAAUCUUAGAAUUGCCGCUCACUUUAUGCACAUUGGCAGGUCUUCCAGUCACAUUUUCACCCUCCUUCCUUGCAUUUCUAGCCAACAGAAACAAUUCCCAAGGGUCCCCAAACCUGUGUGCAAAAACAGGUCCUAAAUUCAAACUAUAUUAAUUGACUCCAGUGAGCAUAUGGAUAGUGACCAAAAAGCCAGAACCACACCAAAAGAAAGUGAAUUAGAAAUUUAUCUACAAACAAGUGACAAAUGGUGAAAAAUAAUAAAUAUUCAUUUAAAAUAGUAAUUGAUAUAGAAGUAAUAGAAUUGUAUAACACGAAUUACAUGAAUAAAUGAAACCAUUAUGAGUCUAUUAUAAGCACUAGAUAGAAAAAUAUAAAGCUAUUUGCAUUAGCUGCGUAACGUAUACAAGAAAGCAAUUAUUUUCUUAGCAUCCUCCCUCCAGUCCAGGUAAUUAAAGAGCAAAAGUACCAAGGAAAAAAUCAUGAUACGAUAAAGGCAUUCUUAUAUUCUAAAACAACAUAGGAAAGAUUUUAAAGUAAAAUCUUAGGGCUUUGUGGAAUAAUGAAUUCAAAGGUCCAUAUCACUCCAGUGAGGUUUCCACUGGAAGAUUCCUGAGCAAAAACAACCCAUUAGGAUUAGGAAAAAUAAAAAAGGGGAAAAGAAACAAGCCUAAGAAAAAUCUAGGAUUUUUGUGUGUGUGUUAGGAAGAAUGAUUCAUGUGUUCAAGGAUGUUUUUCUGCUCCUCCAGCCUUUGACUUAGGCAUAUGAUCAUCAUCAUGGCUUCCUGAAACCAAACUUUGGUUCAUACAAUAAGUGGAACUGUUCCUUCCAUAUAGGACCCCAGAACCCAGAUAAUAAGUUUAAAGAAGACCUAAUUAACAAAGGUUGCAAGAGACAACAAAGGGAAAGGGGAGAUGGGGGAAGCCUCAUUCCGUGAAUGUGAACACUUUUCCAUUCACAGAAAGAGAUUUAAGCUGCAAGCCACUAAGAUUUCUUUAAGAAAAGUUAAAAGCACAGUGCCAAGAAAAUCAUUGUGCCAUUUAUGGUGGCAGUAGUUAAAAAUCAGCAAUUUCUCUUGGAAUCUGUGAGUUGAUCUUUUGAGAAUUUUGAUGUAUCUGAUACGUUUUUAUCUGACUCUAUGCGUCACAGAGCACUCGCGCAGACUCCAACAACCACCUGCAGCAACUGUAGAGUAUACAGACAUAUUUCUAUUAAAAUUUAGUUACAUUAACCUUUAUGCAUCUUUAAAACUUUACAGAUGGCUAAUGAAGAAAAACCAUGUCCAUGUGAUAUUGGAGACAAAUUUGAAUAUGAAGGACACGGGCAAGAAGUUUCUGUUGGGCACAUCAAGGCCUACAUCAACAAGCCCUCUCACAGCACAGACAAAGCUGUGAUUGUGAUUCAUGACAUUUUUGGAUGGCAGCUACCAAACACCAGAUACAUAGCAGAUAUGCUCGCAUCCCAUGGAUAUACGUGAGAAAUUGUCUCUAUUUUUCUUAGUCUUAUCUCUUUCAGUUGACAUAUUUAUGCAUUGUGAAUUAUGAAUGCAAAGUGCAAGCUGAUGUAGUUGUUCAAAAAUACUUUGCUUGACUAAACUUUUUACCUUUAGCUGAAGUAGUAAAUGUGUAUUAUUUAUACCCAAGCCACUCUGGGUGGCUUACAGAAUAUAUAAAAAACAUAAUAAAGCACCAAACAUUAUAAACUUCCCUAUACAGGGCUGCCUUCAGGUGCCUUCUAAAAAUCAGAUAGUUGUUUAUUUCCUUGACAUCUGGUGGCAUGGUGUUCCACAGGGAGGGUGCCACUACCGAGAAGGCCCUGUAACCUCACUUCUCGCAGUGAGGGAAUCGCCAGAAGGCCCUCGGAGCUGGACCGCAUUGUCCAGGCCGAACGAUGGAGGUAGAGACGCUCCUUCAGGUAUUCUGGGCUGAUGCUGUUUAGGGCUUUAAAGGUUAGCACCAACAUUUUGAAUUGUGCUCAGAAAUGUACUGGGAGCCAAUGAAGGUCUUUCAGGAACAGUGUCUUGGCAGCUUCUCCCAGUCACCAGUCUAGCUGCCGCAUUCUGGAUUAGUUGUAGUUGCCUUCUGCCUGAUUCCCUAUAAUUUCACUUCUCGCAAUGAGGGAACAACCAAAAGGCCCUCAGAGCUAGAUAUCAGUGUCCAGACUGGACAAUAGAGAGGGAGAUGCUCCUUCAGGUAUACAAGGCUGAGGCUGUUUCGGGAUUUAAAGGUCUACACCAACACAUUGAAUUGUGCUCAGAAACGUGCUGGGAGCCAGUGUAGAUCCUUUAGGACCAGUGUUAGGAACAGUGGCUGUUUCCAGUCUAGCUGUCAUAUUCUGGAUUAGUUGUAUUUAUACCAGUGCUGUGAUAUUUGAAAAAUGAACUUAAAUUUAUUUUCUAUGCAGAGCAAUUUGUCCAGACUUUUAUAAGGGACAAGAACCUUGGAAGCUAUCUAAUGAUUGGUCUACAUUCGAUGACUGGCUAAAAACACGAGAUUCCAAGAAUAUCAACAAGUAAGGGUUUAAGUUAAUUUAUUUUUUCCUUAAAAAAUGUUUUGGGGUACUCUCAUUUUCCAGCUCAUAUUGAAAUAUUGCCCCUCAAUGAGGCCAAACUUAGAUUCACAAAAUGUUUAGGGGUAUGCGUACCCCCAUGUACCCCCAGAUAAAAAGCACUGAUUCCUGCUGUGGAUUUUUGAGGCUGAUGAUAUGAUUGAUCAGAUUAAACUGUACACAUGGAGAGAGGAUUUGCAGAUUUUGGCCUCUGAUAAAACUGUUCGGCACCAUUGGCUAUAUUAUCAUUUAUGGUGGGACUGUAAAUUAGGGCAAGAUUUUUGGGGUUUUAGCGCUAAUAUUCUUUACUUGGAGCUUGUUAUUUUUUUACCCAUAUGCAACUGUACUCAUUCUUUUAUUCUUUAUCCGCUUUUAAUUCUCAUCUGUUCUCAUAACAGUUUUCUUUGUUUUAUACACAUUAUAAAAUGAAAUUUUAAAAUCUAUACAAAAAACAUUGGCCGUGGAAUUAUCCUCUACCAACCUCUUGGGUUGAGAGUGUUUAAAGGGCACUAAUCUGUGCUUGCUUUCCCAUGCUCAUAGGCCUGCAAAGGUGUCACAACGUUGCACCAUCUCCCAUGCUGUUUUGCAUCUUCACAAAACCACUGGGUGGGACCAUCUGUAGAUUUGGAAUAAAAGUAUAGCCACCCAGCUUUGUCUUUCCUUUCCAUCAAAUCACUGAAUGACAGUUGGAUCCUGAACUACACAGCUGGAUUCUGCAAUGAUACUUUUUUCAAGUGAUCAUGAGAACUUACGGGGAACGGCGAUUGCCAGAGUUUUGUUUCUUUUGGAUGAAGAGAGAGUCCUAAAGGAACUUUGCAAUAUCUGACUUCAUUAAAAAAAUAUUGACUGUAUGUGGAGACCAAGAGUUUAAACAUUACAAAAAGCAAACCUCUGUCCCAAAUCAGAUGUCGAAAGAAGCACCCUCCACACAUACAAAAAAAAUGAGCUUUCAACAGGGCAACUGUUCCAUUAAAAAACUGCAGUUUCCCUCACAAAGAGGAUAAGGAAGAAACAAAUGCCUUUUGCCAAUAUUAUUCUCACUUUCUAAAUGUUUCUCCGGCCAUUUUUUAAGCCUGUGGGCAAAUUAACUAUAAUUUCCCUAACAAAAGACUUUACUGGCAAAUUUGCCAAUACUUACUAUCAGUCGUGUAGCGUGGGUUGUCAGCACCUGGGGCAAGGCAAGUAAUUUGCGCCCCCUAACCCGUGGAUUUGCGCCCCCUAACCCUACCCCCCAGAUGUUACGCCCGGUGCGGCCGGCCCCCCCUGCACCCCCCACGCUACGCCACUGCUUACUAUGGAAGUUUGCAGCAGUCCUUUGGCCCCAUUAAGCCUUUUUUUUUUGUUUAUACCCUUAAAUUCUCAACAUUGUGCAAAUUUGUGAGGGCUCCUUGUAAGGGUGUCUUUUCACUGGUGCUUUUUUGUUCACUUAUAUUUCUGUGCUUUAGGGAAACGGAUGUUGUCUUGCAGUAUCUGAAGGAACAAUGUAAUGCAAAGAAGAUAGGUGUCAUUGGAUUUUGUUGGGGUGGAGCUGCAGUACAUCAUCUGAUGUUGAAAUAUUCUAUCUUUAAGGCAGGCGUAUCCCUCUAUGGUAUGUGUAGCUACAAUAAGAAUAUUGAUAUCACUGUGUGCGUUAGAAAUAAUGGCCAGAAUAUGCUUUUCUUUGCAGCAGAAUGUUUUUGACACUUGCACCAGGUUUUAGAAAAUAUAUCCCUGAUAUACUUUGCACAGACGCUGUUCACAUGCAACUCGUAUCACCUAAUCUGUACUUCCUCAUCUGAAAUAGUUAUGCCUGGUUUUUCAUCACCACUCUAAACUUAUUCUAAGCUAGCUCAGUGAUUACUUUUUUCCUUUCACUCCACCCUAAAGCAAAUCUUUUAGAAGGAGGUUUUAUUGGGAUACAGCUGCCAGAACAAUUGAAGGAACCACAGACCUCUGAUUAUUAUAAGAUCCUAUUAUUUUUCUCUGAAAUUACGUUCAUUCAGUACCUGAAAGGCACCAGAAAUCAUUUUUGUCUUUUCUUUUGCUCCAUAUGUGCUGUUAAAUGACUGGAAUUUUAAGCUAUUUUUAAUCUUUCUGAGGAUCGCAAGAGAUAUUUUGGGCAUAUCCAAGAGCCUGUUUGCUUGGAUGGACCUUCUAUGUUUAGAGGCAGCACGCCACUGAAUAAUAAUUGCAUGGGAGCAACAAUCAAAGAUGGAUAUUACUUCCAUGUCCUGCAGAUGAGGUUUCUAGAGGCACCUUUAAAAAACAGAAUGUUGAACCAGAUAGGCUGUUGUUUGAUUCAAUAGGACUUUCCUUUAAUGGAGACUCGUCCAUUAGAGCAUGUGUCAAUAUUAGGAGCCUAUUAUUUUGUAUAGCUCACCACAUAUAAACUGGUGCUUAAUGUCAGGCUUUGCAUGAGCACCAAUAUGAAAGGAUGCAUUUUACUAACUUAACCAGAUCAAAAUAUUUCAUGGGAUGUUGACUUGGAAUUUACCUGCAAGUCAAACUUGUCAACAUCAAUAUGACUUUGACCAGUCCUUUUGCUCUUCAAGUCCUUGUCUAUACAGUGGUGCCUCGCAAGACGAAAUUAAUCCGUUCCGCGAGAGUCUUCGUCUAGCGGUUUUUUCGUCUUGCGAAGCAAGCCCAUUGACGGAUUAGCGCUAUUAGCGCUAUUAGCGGUUUAGCGGCUAUUAAAGGCUUAAAGGCUUAGGGGAUUAGCUGCUAAAAGGCUAUUAAAGGCUAUUAAAGGCUUAGCAGAUUAGAUAAAGGGGGGGAAAAGCAAAAAAAAUCUCAAGACUCGCAAGGUAUUUUCGUCUUGCGAAGCAAGCCCAUAGGGGAAUUCGUCCUGCGAAGCAACUUCAAAACGGAAAACCCUUUCGUCUAGCGGUUUUUCCAUCUUGCGAGGCAUUCGUCUUGCGGGGCACCACUGUAUGGGAUUCACUUUAAGGAGACAAAUAUGCUGUUGCUCAUCCCUGAUUUUGAACCUUUGGCAAAAUAAAGAUAUAUGAAAGGAUUUGCAUGCAAAAUGUUAAAUAUUGCACUCUUACGGAAAGUGUUUGGCGUGCUUCAUUUUAAUGUAACUUUUAUUGUUGAAUACAUUCUAGGAGUGAUCAAAUUUACAGAGGACAGUUGCAACCUGAUGAACCCCACCUUUUUCAUUUUUGCAGAGAAAGAUGAAGUAAUUCCUCUUGACCAAGUAAGGCAUUAUUUCAAAAACUGAGUUCCUGAAUCAAGAGCAAUAUUCCUGGUGUAUAAAUUUUGCUGAAGAAAAUGCUUUUUUGGGGGUGGGGAAUGGCUUACAAUUAUCCGAAAUCCAGAGUAUGUUGGCUAUUCUGGCUGGCUGAGUUGAUAUUUCUCUUGGAGAUCUGAAGGUCAUACAUUUAUACCAUUUUUUUUGGUCUCUGUUCCAAGAUGUGACAAGUGAACUCUGGCAAUCUCAUAAAGAAAUAAAUUAUUUCAGUACCAGUAAUGUGAGGGUAUAUUUUUUUGCUGCAGGUCACUGCCCUUGAACAGAAGCUGAAACAGCAAUGCAAAGUUGAGCAUGAAGUGAAAAUAUAUCCUGGACAAACUCAUGGUUUUGUACAUCGUAAAAGGGAAGAUAUUAACCCUCAAGACAGACCUUACAUUGAAGAAGCAAGGAAGGACAUGCUGAAUUGGCUGAGUAGAUACAUCUAA